UAACUUGCAUUGCAACUCGUGUUUCUUACUGGACGUGCUUGGCAAGAUGGAGCCGCCGACCUCUUCCAGGCUGAAUUCCCGAAAGAGAAGAAAAGAUGGAUCUGGCCCCAAUGGGGCAACAGAGCUGGAUGGAAUCCCUCCAAAAAUGUCCCGGCGCUCACUCGGACUGAGGGAACCAGCUCCAUUUUCAGAUGAAGUGGAAAUCGAUUACAGCAAGCCAUACAUCAGAGUAACAUUCGAAGAAGCGAUGAGAGGAACCCCUUUGGAUCGCCCCGUCAGAGUUUAUGCCGAUGGAAUAUUUGACUUGUUUCACUCUGGACAUGCCCGGGCCUUGAUGCAGGCGAAGAACCUCUUCCCAAACACAUACCUCAUUGUUGGAGUCUGCAGCGAUGAGCUAACCCACAACUUCAAGGGCUUCACAGUAAUGAAUGAAAAUGAGCGGUAUGACGCUGUGCAGCACUGUCGCUACGUGGACGAAGUGGUGAGAAAUGCACCGUGGACACUCACCCCUGAGUUCCUGGCAGAGCACAGGAUCGACUUUGUUGCACACGAUGACAUCCCCUAUUCGUCUGCUGGCAGUGAUGAUGUCUAUAAGCAUAUAAAGGAAGCAGGCAUGUUUGCGCCAACUCAGAGGACUGAGGGGAUCUCGACAUCCGAUAUCAUCACCCGGAUUGUGCGGGACUAUGAUGUUUAUGCCAGACGGAACCUGCAGCGAGGCUACACAGCUAAAGAGCUCAACGUCAGCUUCAUAAACGAGAAGAAGUAUCACCUCCAGGAGCGCGUGGAUAAGGUGAAAAAGAGGGUGAAGGAUGUAGAGGAGAAGUCAAAGGAAUUUGUCCAGAAAGUGGAGGAGAAGAGUAUCGAUCUCAUUCAGAAGUGGGAAGAGAAGUCCCGGGAGUUCAUUGGCAAUUUCCUGGAGAUGUUUGGCCCAGAAGGCGCAUUGAAACACAUGCUGAAGGAGGGCAAGGGCCGGAUGCUGCAGGCCAUCAGCCCAAAGCAGAGUCCCAGCAGUAGCCCCACGCACGACCGCUCCCCAUCUCCCUCCUUCCGCUGGCCCUUUUCAACCAAGACUCCUCCCUCCUCACCGGCCAACCGCUCCCGGAACGAGUCUGCAGUCACCUACGACAUCAGUGAGGAUGAAGAGGAUUAAGCUACCAGCCGGGAUUUGCUGCGAACUGCUAAUCGCCGAAUCCUAAGUCGGGACCCACUGGGGGGAACUCUA